GCCAAACAACAAGAAAAAGAGGAAAAACCUUUUCUCCAGAUUUUUCAGGACAGACAGAUUCUAACGGUGUCUGCAAUAAUAUGGUUUAUAUGGUUAACAGAUUCUAUCACCUAUUAUGGGCUACAGCUCAAUUCUACCAAGUUUCACAGUGACAAAUACAUGGGCUUUGGUCUGAGCGCCAUCACGGACGUUUUAGCUUCGAUCAUGUUCUGGCUAACAGUAGACAGAUUUGGGAGGAGAAGAACGUGCUUAGUCUUUCACUUAAUCGCAGGCGUAUCUUUGAUAGCGUCAGUAAUAUUUAACAAUUACAAAGAUACAGUACCCUCCUUCACUGUGGCUGUUACCACAUUUUCCCUCAUAGGGAAGUUUGCCAUAGCGACAACGUUUAAUCUUCUGUGGCUGUAUACUCCUGAAAUAUUCCCAACAAAAAUACGAAGCGUCGGUUUUGGAUUAGCCUCACUGGCAGCUAGAAUUGGUGGAUUGCUGGCGCCAUUUUCAAGGACACUGUAUCGACACUACCCCUGGGCCCCCGGCUCUGUGUUCGGUACAUGCUGUAUCGUGGUGACGUUCCUGAUGCCGUACCUGCCGGAGACAAACAACCAGGAGUUGCCCCAGACCAUCCGGGAGAUGAAGCGGUCGAUGAGACAGCAAAAGGAAUCCCCGAAGAAGAAACAGAAGAACCUAAUUACUGGAAGUUGAACUGUAAUACAACACUCAUAUAU